AUGCUUGCCCACACGGCUUGCUGCACGCCCCUGGGGUUUCCUGGGGAGGAGCAGCCCGAACGUUCUGGAGAACUGACAGCCCAGGAGGAGCCCUCAACAGGUGCAGGGGGGUCUCGGGACCAGGAACGCCUGCUUCACUCGGGCUUGUUAGGAAGGCAGGAUUCAGGCCCUCCCCAGAGCCAGGAGCCGGCUCUGCGGCUCAUCAGAACCCCCGAGGACCCGCAGGCAGCUCUGUUCGCAAGCACGGCCCUGGGAGAAGGAGACUCCUCUACCGCCGCCCUCCUAACAGGACUUUCUCGGUCAGAUUUCAGGUACUCGGACUCCACCUUUACCUUCACGUACGUCGGCGGCCCCAAAAGUGUAUCCUAUUCAGUACAUGUAUCUGAAGACUACCCAGAUAAUACCUACGUGUCAAGUUCAGAAAAUGAUGAAGAUGUGUUAGUUACUACAGAGCCAAUUCCAGUAAUUUUUCACCGAAUAGCAACAGAAUUAAGGAAAACAAAUGACAUUAACUGUUGCUUAUCCAUAAAAUCCAAAUUACAGAAGGAAAAUGGGGAGGAGUCGAGACAGAAUAGUGCAGUGGAGGAGGACUCGGAAGGAGAUAACGACUCUGAGGAGUUCUAUUACGGAGGACAGGUGAACUACGACGGGGAGCUGCACAAGCACCCGCAGCUCGAGGCCGACCUGUCGGCGGUCCGGGAGAUCUACGGGCCGCACGCCGUUUCUCUCAGGGAGUAUGGAGCCAUUGACGACGUAGAUAUUGAUCUGCAUGUCGAUGUCAGCUUUCUUGAUGAGGAGAUUGCUGUGGCUUGGGAAGUGAUUCGAACAGAACCUAUAAUUGUCCGACUACACUGCUCACUUACACAGUAUUUAAAUGGCCCAGUGCCCACUGUCGAUGUCUUUCAGAUUUCCACCAAAGAGCGCUUCGGAUUGGGGCACCAGCUGAGAAAGAUCAUGCAGACCUUCGUCACCCAGCAGUGGAAGCAGAGCAAAGACAAACCCAGCUGCCUGCACGGCAAGAAGCUGUCGGAGAGGAAGGUGAAGUCCCCCCUGCACUUGUUUUCUACCCUGCGCAGGUCGCCCAGCUACCCGCCCCCUGGCUGCGGGAAGAGCAAGUCCAAGCUGAAGGCCGAGCAGGACGGGAUCUCCAAGACGCACAAGCUGCUGCGGAGGACUUGCUCCAGCGCCGUCAAGGCCGAGGACUGCGCCCCCAAGGCGCCCCGCUCGGGGGACCCCCGCUGCGAGCCGGGCGGGAAGCCCCAGGGGCUGCUGGGCAGGUCUUCCCCCAGCGGCCUCCGCGUGGAGGAACUGUACGGCCUCAAGGCCCACCGGCUGCUCGGCAAGGCCCCAGCCAGCGCCCCCAAGGCAUCCCGGUCAGAGUCCGGCCCGGAGCCCAGCGAGGGCAGGCGGCUCUCCCUCACCUCAGGGCUCAUGGGCAUCCUCACGCCCUCCUCCUCCCAGCCCGCUCCAAAUGGUGCCAAAUGUGUUCCCCUCCGAGACCGCGGCUUCCUAGUGCAGACCAUCGAGUUCGCGGAGCAGCGGAUCCCUGUGCUGAACGAGCACUGCGUGGUGUGCGACGAGCGGCACGUGUUCCUGAACGGCCCCAUGCUCAGGCCCACCGUGUGCGAGCGCGAGCUGUGCGUGUUCGCCUUCCAGACGCUGGGAGUGAUGAACGAGGCUGCCGACGAGAUCGCCACCGGGGCCCAGGUGGUGGACCUGCUGGUGUCCAUGUGCAGGUCUGCGUUGGAAUCUCCCAGGAAAGUGGUCAUUUUCGAGCCAUAUCCGUCCGUGGUUGACCCCAACGACCCUCAGAUGCUGGCCUUCAACCCCAGGAAGAAGAAUUACGAUCGAGUAAUGAAAGCACUGGACAGCAUCACUUCUAUUAGAGAAAUGACGCAGGCCCCGUAUCUGGAGAUCAAGAAGCAGAUGGACAAGCAGGACCCGCUGGCGCACCCCCUGCUGCAGUGGGUUAUUUCAAGUAACAGGUCACAUAUUGUGAAACUGCCAGUCAACAGGCAAUUGAAGUUCAUGCACACGCCCCAUCAGUUCCUGCUUCUCAGCAGCCCACCAGCCAAAGAAUCCAACUUCAGAGCCGCUAAGAAGCUCUUCGGCAGCACCUUCGCGUUUCAGGUCGUGGCAUCUAACACGAGGCUGCAGCUCCACGGUGCCAUGUACGGCAGCGGGAUCUACCUAAGUCCUAUGUCAAGCAUAUCAUUUGGUUACUCAGGGAUGAACAAGAAGCAGAAGGUGUCAGCCAAGGAUGAGCCGGCAUCCAGCAGUAAAAGCAGCAAUGCAUCACAGUCACAGAAAAAAGGACAGCAAUCCCAGUUCCUGCAAAGCCGUAACCUAAAAUGCAUAGCCUUAUGUGAAGUGAUCACCUCGCCGGACCUGCACAGACACGGGGAGAUCUGGGUCGUCCCGAACACCGAGCACGUCUGCACCCGGUUCUUCUUCGUCUAUGAAGAUGGCCAAGUGGGAGAUGCAAAUAUUAACACGCAAGAAGGAGGCAUCCACAAGGAGAUCCUUCGCGUAAUCGGUAACCAGACCGCGACCGGUUGAAGGACCACCAUCUCGUUAACGGGGUCUUGAAAGCCUUCCUCGGGUUCAAAGCUGGAUUUUGAACUGAAGAAGAUGAUGAAAUAAUUUAUUGUUAUUAUAAACAAAAUUAAUCCUUUGAAUACUGAUUUUUUUCUUAGUAUUUCUAAGUAUCUCAUUAAAUACCUAAAACGGUAUGAAAUUUAUCAAUUGUAGGGUUAUGGAAUCUAGGAAUAAACUUAACAACAGCACUUAAACUGAAGUUUGGGUUGCUCACACAAUAAACAGAUUGAAAAAGCA